CCUCUUCUUCUUCGAUCUCCUUCUUGUCUGAUAUCUCUCCUCUCCGAUCUCCUUCAUCUUCUUCAGUCGCCGUCUAAGAACCUGUCAUUGAUCUAGCCUAGAUCAUCUAGGGGUUCGGGUAGGGCAAACAUGUGAGAAUAACAAUGAUUUGGGCUGGGCCCGUUUUUGUUACUUUAAUUUCUAUAACGGGACUUUUUUAUUUAUUUUAGUUUGGCCCAGUUAAGUUUUGUUUUCCCAAGUCAAAUAAUUAAUUCGGUUCUUUCGGUUUUUUGGCCAAAAACCGAAUUAUUUGAGAACCGAACCGAACCGAACCUAAUUUCAGUCUAAUUCGGUAGAUUUUUCAAAACUAGGAAAAUCCGAAAAACCAAAAUAACGGAACCAAAAUAACCGAACAAACCAAACUCCCAGGGCUAAUUAGCGUGGUCGAAAUCACUAGUGUAGUCUAGUCUAGUCGAAGUGAUCCUUAUCUCAUAUCUCAUAUCCGAAAUGAUCCUUAUCUCAUAACAAAAUGAUAAUAGUAUAUGUCUAGUCGAGCGGAUUAAUCAUAACAACAAAAGCCUCAUUCGUAAUUUCGUAUAUAUUGCCAAAGGAGUGUGGCACGCAGCCCUAAGCUCUCCAUCAUCUCCGACGUCAGAUUCCCCCCCCCCCCACACUCCAUGAUCGUUCCCAAUUGAUCAAAUCAUGUAUAUAUCCAGAGCUGCUGCUUCUUCUUCUCGCUCUGCUCUCUUCUCCUUUCGAUCUUACUUCCCUUCUUCAUCUUCCUUGAGAUCUCCCCCUGUGUCUUCUCAUCUUCUUCUUCGCCGCUCUUUUCUAACCUCUUUGCCUCGUUUGAGUCACUGUCUCCACUCGAAGCCCUUUCAAAUUCGACUCGGUUCUCAGAUCAGAGCCGUUUCUCCUGUUUUAGACCGUCUCCAGAGAACCUUCUCUUCCAUGGCUUCAGAGCAUCCGUUCAAAGGGAUCUUCACCACUCUUCCUAAGCCUGGUGGUGGCGAAUUCGGAAAGUUCUACAGCUUGCCUGCUCUCAAUGAUCCACGUAUUGAUAAGCUUCCUUACUCCAUCAGGAUUCUUCUUGAAUCUGCGAUUCGUAACUGUGACAACUUCCAAGUCACUAAGGAAGAUGUUGAGAAGAUCAUUGACUGGGAGAACACUGCUCCUAAACAAGUCGAGAUUCCUUUCAAACCCGCCCGUGUUCUUCUGCAGGACUUCACCGGAGUCCCAGCUGUUGUUGACCUUGCUUGUAUGCGUGAUGCUAUGAAUAAACUGGGAAGUGAUUCCAACAAGAUCAAUCCGUUGGUUCCAGUGGAUCUUGUGAUUGACCACUCAGUUCAAGUUGAUGUUGCUAGAUCUGAGAAUGCAGUUCAAGCCAACAUGGAGCUUGAAUUCCAGAGGAACAAGGAGAGAUUCGCUUUCCUUAAGUGGGGUUCUACUGCUUUUCAAAACAUGCUUGUUGUGCCCCCUGGUUCUGGUAUUGUGCAUCAGGUUAACUUGGAAUAUCUGGGAAGAGUUGUGUUCAAUACCCAAGGUCUUCUCUACCCAGACAGUGUGGUUGGAACAGACUCGCAUACAACUAUGAUUGAUGGGUUGGGAGUUGCUGGAUGGGGAGUUGGAGGCAUCGAAGCUGAGGCGACAAUGCUUGGCCAGCCCAUGAGUAUGGUAUUGCCUGGUGUUGUCGGAUUCAAUCUUUCCGGAAAAUUACGAAAUGGUGUUACUGCUACUGAUUUAGUUUUAACUGUGACCCAAAUACUGAGGAAACAUGGUGUUGUUGGCAAGUUUGUAGAGUUUUAUGGUGAUGGUAUGAGUGAACUGUCCCUGGCUGACAGGGCCACAAUUGCCAAUAUGUCUCCUGAGUAUGGUGCAACCAUGGGGUUCUUUCCUGUGGAUCAUGUUACUCUACAAUAUCUCAAAUUGACAGGAAGAAGUGAUGAGACGGUUGCCAUGAUUGAAGCAUACCUUCGGGCAAAUAACAUGUUUGUUGACUAUAGUGAGCCUCAGCAAGAGCGCGUCUACUCGUCUUAUCUGGAAUUAAAUCUUGAUAGUGUUGAACCUUGCAUUUCCGGACCUAAGAGGCCGCAUGAUCGUGUUCCUCUAAAAGAAAUGAAAGCUGACUGGCACUAUUGUUUAGACAGUAAAGUUGGAUUCAAGGGUUUCGCUAUACCUAAGGAGGCGCAGGAGAAGGUAGCAAAGUUUUCUUUCAAUGGACAACCUGCAGAGCUUAAACAUGGCAGUGUGGUUAUUGCUGCAAUCACAAGUUGCACUAAUACAUCAAACCCCAGUGUCAUGCUUGGUGCUGCUCUUGUUGCAAAAAAGGCCUGUGAACUUGGCCUUCAGGUUAAGCCUUGGACAAAAACAAGUCUUGCACCAGGUUCAGGAGUUGUUACAAAAUACUUACUAAAGAGCGGCCUGCAAAAAUUUCUGAACCAGCAAGGUUUCAAUAUUGUCGGUUAUGGCUGCACUACAUGCAUUGGGAACUCUGGAGAAAUUGAUGAAUCAGUGGGAGCUGCCAUUACAGAAAAUGACAUUGUGGCAGCGGCUGUACUCUCUGGGAACAGGAACUUUGAGGGCCGUGUUCAUCCAUUAACAAGAGCUAACUACCUUGCGUCUCCACCUUUGGUGGUUGCCUAUGCUCUGGCUGGAACGGUUAAUAUUGACUUUGAGACAGAGCCCAUUGGCAAGGACAAGAACGGUAAGGAUGUCUUCCUCAGGGAUAUCUGGCCCACCACAGAGGAAAUUGCUCAGGUUGUUCAGUCCAGUGUGUUACCGGACAUGUUCCGAGCUACUUACGAGUCCAUCACCAAGGGAAACCCGAUGUGGAAUCAGCUGUCUGUUCCUGAAAAUACUCUAUACUCAUGGGAUCCCAAGUCAACUUAUGUACACGAGCCUCCAUACUUCAAGGACAUGACCAUGGAUCCUCCAGGGCCUAGCAGUGUGAAGGAUGCAUACUGUUUACUGAACUUAGGCGAUAGUAUCACCACAGACCACAUAUCUCCAGCUGGAAGUAUCCACAAGGAUAGCCCCGCUGCAAAGUUUCUCCUCGAACGGGGGGUUGACCGCAAAGAUUUCAACUCAUAUGGAAGUCGACGUGGCAACGACGAAAUUAUGGCUAGGGGAACAUUUGCUAAUAUUAGACUUGUUAACAAGCUGUUGAAUGGGGAAGUUGGCCCCAAGACGGUUCACAUUCCUACUGGAGAGAAGCUCUCUGUCUUCGAUGCAGCCAUGAAAUAUAAAGCAGCUGGUGAGGCCACCAUUAUUCUGGCUGGAGCCGAGUAUGGUAGUGGUAGCUCCCGUGAUUGGGCUGCCAAGGGACCCAUGUUACAGGGCGUUAAAGCAGUGAUCUCAAAGAGUUUUGAAAGGAUUCACCGGAGUAACUUGGUGGGAAUGGGAAUCAUCCCACUGUGUUUCAAGUCUGGUGAGGAUGCAGACAGCCUUGGAUUGACAGGUAAGGAGCGUUACACCAUCCAUCUCCCAACCGAUAUCUCGGAGAUAAGACCAGGGCAAGAUGUUACUGUCACUACAGACACUGGAAAAUCUUUCACCUGCACAGUCCGCUUUGACACUGAGGUGGAACUGGCGUACUUCAACCACGGAGGCAUACUUCCAUAUGUGAUCAGAAACUUGAGCAAGCAAUGAUGAAGCCUAGAGAAAACUUGUGAGUUGAGUCCAGUUAUCGAGAAACACUGAGGAAAUUCACUCGUAAAUUUUGUUUUGACUGAGAUGGAGCUCUCGUGAAUUUUUCCAAUGGCAAAUUUUAGAAUAAUGUCAGAAAUAAAUUCAUAAUAAAUCUAUUUACGUUCUUCAAAUAAUGUCUUAUUUUCAUUUGCACUAAACGAUCAGAUUUAACCACUGAAACUAUAUUAUAAACAAAGCUCUUAAAAUUUUAUUGAA